AUGCUUACCGGCUCGCCGGGUUCGACCUUUAGAGUUUACCAGGUGGAAGGAAGACUGGUGACAAGAGGUUUUACGAAAGGCAAAGAUAGUUUCGAAUCAAUUUCGACCCGAGUCGAAGCACCACAAGAACAGGUUGAUAGUCCGAAGUCCGCGCCAAGAGCCCCCUUCCUCAAAUUCGAAAUUGAACAAGACACAAGCUGA